UAAAAAAGAAAUAUGUGCAAACAUAUACUCAAUGCCCAAGUUGCCAUAAGAGCUGCCUGUUGCAAGAAGUAAAUUUUCCCCUUAUCAUUAAAUAAGAUGGUUCGAUUGUGCAGAGUGUCAUUAAGAAAUAGAAGACCAUCCGCUUUAAAAAAACAUUGAAAUGAUUUUUGCCUGCAAAAAGUGCAAGAAAGUUUUUCGAAAAGACAUUACAGAUUAUGAUGAAUCUGAUGAGUAUUGUCCACAGUAAAUCCCUAUCACUAUUCUAUCUAGUUGUGAUAACCAUUAUGUUAUCAAAGCAGUCACUCAAGAGUCCAAAGAAAUUUAAAAGUUUGAGAACUUAGUUAAGGAAGUCAAAUAAUGA